AUGGCCGCACUUUACAAUAUGAGUGUCCCCAUCUACCUCCGCGCCCUCAACAACCAAAAAGCCAUCCUCCAAAAGGCCGAAAAACACUGCGAGGAAAAUAAUAUCUCCAAGGAGACAAUGCUCUCCGCCCAAAUCCACGACGACAUGAAACCUCUCACCUUCCAGGUCCAAAGCGCAUCCAACGGCUCCAAGCUUUCCCUCGUUCGUGUAUGUGGCGUUGAGAACGAGCCCUGGGACGACAACGAAACGACAUUCGAACAAUUGAUCGCGCGAGUCGACAAGACGAUUGCAUUCAUCGAGAAGGUUGGGCAGGACAAGUUCGAGGGCAAAAGUGAGGCAGAAGUUGUGCUAAAGUUGGGUUCGGCGGAGUAUAAGUUCACGGGAUUGAGCUUCUUGCAGACAUUCUCGAUUCCCAACUUUUUUUUCCAUCACACAAUGACAUACGCUAUUUUGAGGAAGGAGGGAGUGCCGGUGGGCAAAUGGGAUUACCUUGGCAAGGCGUAG